AAGCAGUCAUCUUAUUGCUGCUUGUGAAAUGACGCUGCUGGUGAUGAUUCCCCGGUCUCUGGGACUUUUGGUUCAUCAUCACUCACAUAUCUUAUGAUCGAUCAUCGAUGAGAUUCUGGGGUAGAAGACUUCAGAGCUUCGAGCGACCGCAUAUUUUGUUUUAAUAUACGGCUCCGCCCGCCCUGCAAGCUUGGAAUCCUACCAUUUUGCGCUCCACAGGGCACUUCACCAUGGAACAAAAAGUCUCAAAGCUUACAAUCAAAGAGGAUUGGGAGAGAUGGCGUCCAGUCUUUACACACCUGUACAUCGAUCAAGACCAUACUUUGCCAGAGGUCAUGAAGAUUAUGGAAAACGACUACAAAGUUUGUGCAAGCUUGAAGAGAUAUAAAAACAAAAUCAAGGAAUGGGGCUUGCGCAAGUACCUCAAGGAAGAUGAAGCCCAACAGAUUGUCAACGGCGAGAUAUCUACCACUCGAGCGAUCCGCACCGCUGGCGACCCUGAGCAGGCUCUGAAACGGGCCGCACGCUCUCUCAAGCGACGAAGAGCUCGCCGACGAAGUCGAGAAGCACAUCAGACUUCAACCGAGGCGUCCGAGCCUUCGAGUCCACCACUUUUGAUUUCCUCACCGGUCGAAAUAAGCGACAGCAUGACUCUCUGGAGCCCUUCUGCGGCAAGUGUACUGUCAUCGCCCAUUACCAUCGAAAGCAUUCGCCUAUCCACCGGCACCACAGAACAAUUCCUAUUCAACCUCCGCGCUUGGACGCACGAAGCAUGCUCCCGUGGUGUGUGGGACGUGCAACUAUCUGCACAACAUCAGAGCGGACGCCGAGCAUCACGAUUACUCUCCUCCUAUCUCACCUCGGGCAUCACCCUGUUCGAAAAUGGCAAGCGGCACCUCGCCUUUGGUCACUGGGAUCGUGCUUUUUCCGGCUUCCAAAGCCCCAACCUCUUCAAGUCGUGGUAUCACGAUAUCCCCAUGCGCCUACUCUUCGAAGUGGGACGCGUGGCCCACAGCGGACAUCAAAACCUUGCAGCGAUCCUACUUAAGAGCAUCAGGAACUGGGCACUCACGUUUCUCGAUGAAAGCGACUGUCGCCGCGCACUCUUUGCCACCUUUGGAGAACUCGAGGUCGGUCAGCUGCGGGAUCUGUAUGACCGCGCAGCCAAGUGCAUGUUCAAGGGCCUCGAGUCUCGGGUGGACAAGCACAAUCACUUGCUUUACGAAGUGCGCCUCAACAGAGCCCUGGACAUGUUAUGGUACGACGCCGACACCGACCUGUCCGAGUGGCUUCCCCAGAUUGGCGAGGUCGACCAGGCUUGCGGUCCCAACAACUAUUAUUCCGUCUAUUUCCUCCUGCUCGAAGCUUACCGGCUGGUAGCCCAUGGCUCUCAAUCCGACGUCGACGACAUCUGUCAGCAAGUGGAGAAACGAUUGAGAGAGCUGAAGGAAGCCCACGGCAACAUCGACUCCUGGCGCGUGGGGCUAGGCUACCGUCGACUUGGCCGACAGCAGUUCAUCAAAGGGCAAUAUGGAGAUGCCCGUCGCAGUUACAACACUGCAUUCAAAUACGUCCGCAAUGACCCACAGUUGUCGGACGCCGUGCUCAUCGAGAUUUGCCAGCGGCAAGUGAGCAUGGCCAGCGCCAUGCAUGAUGAAGUAGACGAAAUACUCUGGCGCGGCAUGUUGACACGGCUGGAACAGCAAACCAAGACACAAGGUGGGGGCGACGCCAUACAGAGAGCGUCGACCUUCAGCCAUAGCCCAGGCUAUAUUGAGCCCAAUUCUGAGACGACUGUGCCACUCCCGGGAAGCCCGAAACGAGCGAUGACUUUAUGAUAUAUGUGGGAAAGAUCUUUACGAUGGUCUGACAGCUUGAGACUGCUUGAUGGCGAUAUGAUGACUUAUGAUGUUAGCAGGGCGUUAAGGUGGUGGAUAGCGAUUAUCAGCCCGAGCCUCAGUAGUGACUCGCUUUCUUCAGGUACGCUUGUAAUUCGAACCAGGUCUUCCCCCUGGUAUGAAUAACAUUCCACAU